CUUUGCUGUGUAAAGCACCCAAAUCGAGGUUCCAGAAUUCUAUUUAUUUUUCUUUUUUAAUAAAAAAUUUUAGUACUAAUUUAAAUUGUGAGACUCCAAUCAGGGUAUUUUCGACAGAACACCUAAAAAGCCAAGGACAAAAUGGGUACAAAGUUCAUCUUAAAUACGUGGUGAUAGGGCAUCUUUAGCGUUGAUACAAACAGGGAAGAAGCUAGACGCCUGCCACUGUACCAGAAGAAGAAGAAGAAAAAGAAGAAAGAUUGAAAUAAUCGGAAGAGAGAAGGUCCAGAUUGAAGGUCCGACAAUCGGACGGUCAUUAUUUAUUUGAUAAAGAGGCGUUCUUGCUCUUCUAUGACUGAAAUAACAACGAAAGGUGAGGAGAAUCGGAAUCGGAAUCGGAAUCGACGGAGGAGUUGUGAGGGGAUUUGUUUUGAUGCGAUCGAUUUGUGAUUUAAAUCUGGCAAAGGAUUUCGUCAAAUCAUCAAAUUUGGCGGAGGCGACUGUUAUUUUUUUAUUUGAUUUUUUUUAUAAAGGAAACAGGUAUUAAAAAAACCCUAGAUUUUGAAUUUCUACGCUUUGUUUGUGGUUGUUUUUCCCUUCUUCAAAAAUUUAAAGAACUGGAUUCCCCGUUCGGUUCGGCGUUGGUCAGAUCUCAAAGAACCUUGAUCAGAGGAUGAGCAGAUUUAGGGUUUCUUUUUGAAGAAUUCAUUGAAGAAACUUGUUGAAGAGAAGAGGAUUUCAUCUAGAUCAACCUUAGAUGUAGGGGGCGUUGAAUUAAUUAAAAACUUCUUCACUACUGGGGAUUUUUUGUCCAUAAGGCUCUCGGCAUCAAUAGCUGCAGGAGCUUUUGUGCAAGGAGCUUUUAUUUCAUAAAAAUAGGCGUCACCAUUGCUCUGGGCCAAUUAUAGGCUUCAAGAAUUAGGGUAUUUGUCUACUUUAGUUUGACUCCAUCGAAAUCGACUUAGCUGCUUGGCAAAUCAAAACUUAGAGACUAUUCUGGAAGCUGUCUUGCUGCGGCGAUAGACUGAUUAGAAAGAAAUUUUUAGGGUGUUUAUAUUUUGAGUAGAUAGACUGAUUGCUUACCUAUGCGAUGCUGAUAUGUUUAUCUUCUGAUGAAUUUGGUGUUUCAUGUUUAUAUGAUUUGGAUCUAUGGAUUUUGGGUUAUUUUUUCUGAUUUAAGGAGCCUACCAGUUCUUGCUUGUGAAACUGAAAACACUAUAGCUGCUGAGAUGAGGCGUAGGAUUGUUGAAGGGAAGAAUAUUGUUUGUCCUUUGAAGGAGAGUAGGAUAUCUUUACUGAUUUUAUGGCCCAUGGUCAGUCUGCGAGGCAGAUGGUUUGACAUGCAGUAGCUAGGCUGCCAUUUCUCUUUUUUAUUUUUUGGCCUAGAUUGAUACAAUUAUACUUCUAUUAUUACUAGAAGUAAUUACGUGGAAAUUUUGCAGCAAAGAACACAGUUUGUCAAAACUGUAACUGCACUUUUUUUUUAAUCAAACAUUUACUGCAUAUAUAUAUAUUUGCUUUUAAAUAACCCUGAUUCCGAGCAUUUGGAACAAAUUCUAUCCAAUGUUACAUUCUCAAUUGAUGGAAGUUUUCUGGACAUCAAAACUUGUUAACAUCAUCUGCCUCAAGGCAGGAUAGGCACUUAAUGUGUUGAAGACUGAGUUUUACAGUGAUCUCUUUAUAGCAAUCUGAUCUGUUAAAUAUCUGACAAGAUUGGAGGAACCCAAUUAACUAAAGAUAUUUGUACUUGCACCAGGAGUUUCCCUUCUAUGCUGGUGUCAAGUAGUAAGCAAGAAGCCACUGCAUCCUGCAAGACUUGUAGUGGUAGACCAUUAGUUGAUGGGAUAGGGUCUGUAUCUUCAGGCAUGAUGAGCACAGUAGGUCUGGAACUCACAAAUUUUAUAAACCCCAACUUGACUUGGAAGACAGUGUCAAAGGGGAAUAGGAGUGGAACGAGGCGUACAAGGAAACCAGGUGUUAAAAGCUUGACAAUAGGAAUGGGGCUACUUGAUAAAAAUGGCAAAAUGUCUGAAGAUGUUACAGUUUCAGAGUCAGAGAAGCUUGGUGUGGAUGUUCUAGGACGGCGCUUUAGUGAAAAAGUAGGGAAUGUUCCAAUAAAGAAAAGGAGAUUUAUGUUCCGGUCUCUGUCACCACCACCCCCACUGACCCCUUCUCCACACCUUGAAGCCUCUGGACAGCAUGUAGACUUUCAACCUGCUUCGAGUCAAAAUUCUGGUUCAAGUUCAGCUCAGAGCCUGUGGCUUAUGAAAUCUGAUUGUUUUACCAAGUCAACUGCUGCUAGUAUUGAUGAUGAGAAGUUUUCAAACUUAUUAAAUGUUGAGGAUUUCUCAGGGAUUGAAAUACUCGCAACUGCUGCUUGCAGUGAUAGCAUCGGUGAUGAUAUUAUUGAAAAGGAGGGAAAUCCAUCAGUUGAAGAAUCAACACAGGAGAGAAUUGAGUCUUCUGCUUCUGCAAUGCAUUUGGAAGAAACAACUGUAUCAUUCGAGACAGCUUGUUGCUCACCAAAAGAUUCGGUAAAUGAAAGUAAAACUGAGGGUUCAUCUUUCCAUGAGAAUUCCUUUGCUGUUUUGCAUGAAUCUCCAAGUGAUAAGGAUAAUACAACAUCUGAAACAUCUAUUCCCUUGCCAGAUGAUAGGUUACUUUGGGAUUUAAAUCUUUCAAUGGAUGCUUGGGCUUGCGAUGGUGGGAAUGUUGAUUCUCAAAAGGAUGCUGUUGAUAAUAUUUCUGUGAGAAGUGAACAGCUGCAGACUAAGGAACCUCAAGAUAUUAAAAAUGAUAAUACGAGAAAAGCGAUGUCAUCUGAUAUUGAUGGGUGUAACAAGGUGACUUCAGACUUGAGAACCAUGCCUGUUGAGACUGAUGAUUUGAGUAGAGAGAAACAGGAAUCUGAAGGAUGCUCUGGCUCCAGUGAUAACAAAACUGAACAUGUUCCUGUGCCAGUGGUUGUUGCUGAGAAUGCCUUGAUGUCCACUGCUGUUGAUACAAAUGCUUCCAAUGAGGCAGUAAACACAAAUCAAUGCCCUAGUCAUUCUCCUUGUCCUGGAUCAGAUAAGAGCACAGGGGUGUCUGAGGAAGACCGAGAAAUAUCAGUAUUGACUCAGAAUGUUGGGUUGAACAUGGUGGGGGGGUGUAUUUCUGAGUCAGAGUUGGGCAAAACUGUUAGUGUAGAAAGUGUUCAGGUAGAAGAGUCUGAUGUUGCUUCUCCCUGUGGACCAGCUUUAGAGACGGUUGCUAAUGACAUUCAGAACACAAGUGCUGACAAAGGUGAUAAGGAUCAUGAUGGAGAUUUUGGCCUGCAUGAUGUUGGAACUUUUGCUCAGGACCUGGACAAUUCUCAGCCUCUAGAAUCCCUUGAAGUUGAGCAUGCAAAUGAGGUAGAAGAGAUGGACGUUUGCCAUUUUUCACUGAAGUCUGAAGAUAUGUCCAUAUCAGAUGAUUGUGUUAUGGAGGUCAUGGACCGAACAGAUGAAGCUUCUUCAGCCUAUGCAGCUCAAGUUGAUUCUGCUGCUCAUGUAGGGUCUGAGGUACUGUUGCAAAAGUCUUCCGGAAAUUCCGAUGCUACUUCAGGAGCUGGUGGAUGUUCCACUCAUGAGUUAUGUGGAAUCAAUGUUAAUGGUCCUACAAGCUACUUGGAUAAGGCCAACCUGAAUGAUACUCUUGAAGAAAGCCACGACUCAGCUGUUUCUUCUCAAGAUAAGGAAUUGACAGUUGGCUUGGGAAACCACUCAGAACUUCAGGCUGGUUAUGACUCACAAUUUGAGGAUGGGGAGUUGAGGGAGUCAGAUGUUCGAUGUUGGGAGGAAGCUGAAGAGGUGGACUAUGACACUGAAUUCGAGGAAGAAAGAUCAUUCAGCCUGGAAGCUGAGAGUGUUGAGCAGAAAUUGAAGGUAGACAGAGGAUCUAGUCCUGAUGUAACUGGAAACUUUAAAUGUUGCGAAACUGGAGAGGCUUUAAGGGACAAUCCAAUGAGCUUAAAGAUGAGAAAUGUGGAAGUGCCUGAUGGUGAAACAAAGAAAAUUGAUUGCUUGGAUGGGUCUAAUGCUAGAGAUUAUGAUCUUAGAAUAGAUAUUUCUAAGGUAUCGAAAAGGGAAUUGCUUUCACUUGCUGAAGGAUCAUUAUCCUCUGAUGCUGUUCAGAGAAGCAGGUCUGACAAUUUUGAUGGUUCAUUUGCUCGAGCUGAAAGGGAGGCUGGUUCUGACAAAUUUUUCAGGAGGGAUAGAUCUACUUCACAUGUGCGUGGCCGAAGCCCAGGAGGUGGUCACUUUUUCAAUCCUUCAACUAAUUAUUGGGAUUCUAAGCGGCAGCAUGCACCUAUUUAUCAUGGCUCUCACAAUUUUGGACGCCCCAGACCAAAAAGUGUUGUUGAGACCCGUGGAUAUCCUAUGGCCACAGAUCAAGCACCUUCAGAAGCUGCUGGUGUUGCAAGACCUGACAACCGCAGUAGCAGGCAAUUUAUGGGCUCCUCCAAUAGUGUAUACAGACCUCUCCUUAGAAGAAGAUCACCAGUUGAAAGAGAUGAUUCUUACUGCAUGCAUCGAAGAAUGCCAACUGUAAGGGAUACUAGUCCUGAUCGGACCAGGUUUAGAAGAUAUUCACAAGUGUUUAAUAGGGGCAUCAGAGAUGAAUAUCUCAGGCAUGUACCUGAUGAUGGCACAGAACAUUUAAGUCGCAUGCGUUUAGGCAGGAGAGAAAGAAGCAUUUCCCCCCAUGGUGGAAGGCCUCAUUAUACUGUACAUUACAAGAGAAAUCGGUCAAGAUCAAGGAGCUGCUCACCCGAUGGUUGGUUAUUGCAGAGGGAUCGAAAUGAGGGUUCAAGACGUCGCAGCAGGUCACCAGAUUUUAGGUCUGAUGCUAGAAUAGAUAGGGUGAGGUUGCCAUUUACAAAGCGUUUUGCUGCAGAUUAUGGUGAGGAGUUCAUAUCCCUACCUAGAAGUCGCAUUUCACCCCAGCGAAAUUCCAGGAUGUUUGAUGAUCGAAAUCCUGGUUUAGACCAUUUUAGGGGCCGGAAAUCACCUGUGAGGAUGUUUCGGCAGGGUCAAAGGUUCGAUCAAGUGCGCCCCAUUCGAAGAUUGAAUUCUGAUGAUUACUUAAGACCCAUGAUUCAACCCAGAAGAUUUCCUGGUAUGUCUGCUGGUGGUAAAGGGUGUAAAUAUGAUGUCAGUGAUGAUGAUAAACGUGGCAGCAGAUAUGAGAUGAUUCAUCGAGUGAGGCGGUAUGAUACAGAUGUUGCAGUCCGCCCGUUUCCAUAUAAUGCAGAAGAUUCAUAUGUGGCAAAUAACUCUUUAACCGUGACUAAUGCAAUUGGCGUCUCGUCAAGGAGGCCUGAUGAUGCACCUAGGACAGCUAGUGAAGAUAAGGCCAUUUAAGAUUCAACCUUGAGAGGAUUUGGUUGGAAAGGGAGAUAUGUAACUUGGAAGAGGUAUAUGUCUUUCUCUUUUACCUAUUCCGGCUGUAUUUGCUGGGUGGUGGGAGUUCUUUUUUUCAGCCUUUUAUCAUUUCCAUUUAUUGGAUAGGAUGCGUCUAAAUUCUGUCUGAUUUUUUGGUUGGUAUCCACUCUUAGCGAAGAAAAUUUUUUAUCCUCCUAGGAUUGGUAUUCAUUUACCCCUUUCAUUUUCUACAUUCCCCUCUUUACUCGUUUUAAUGGUCAUUUCUUUCCUGCCUAGAAGGUUGUCAAUGCCUCUAUGAAGUAAUUGAGGUAUAAUGGUUAAAGAAAGAAAUUUUAAGGGUUUUUUUUUUUUUUUUUUUUUCUAUGCUUCAAUUGAAUUGGGCUUUUUCUCGUUAGUUUAGUCAUUUCAUCUUUUAUAAGAGUAGCAAUUGUAUAAGGGCUUAUUUAUACUGCUGGGUACAUGCUAGUUGUUGAAGUUCUAAAAUUAUGUUUAGUGUAUAAGGUGAUUGAUAAGAUAAAGAUGAUAAUUAUUUUAUAUUAU